AUGGUUCACCUGUGUCAGCACCUAUCUCCAGGUGUUAAGCAACGUAACCAACGUGCCAUUCUUCAAUGGAAAGUUAUUCUAGAUAUACCCUGUCGCGAUCUGCCCAUUUUAUCCCCCAGACGACCUUUUGCCACUCACCCACGAAAAGGUAUCUGUGAUGACAUUAUUUCCCAGGUCGAAAAUUCCAUGGAUGAAAAAACGUCAGCAUUCAAAUUUUCGAACGAAAAGAAAGAAUUAAGAAAGAGAAUCCCGAUGCAUGUCGCUUCAGCUUUGGAUAAAUAUAUUCGUACCCCAGCUGUCCUGUCAAUCCAUAAACUACUCGAAGAUAAACAGUAUCAAGAGGCCUGGGAAUCAUUCAACUCCCUAGGUUUACUUUCAGAAAAAAAUACAUUGCCUCAUGCAACCUCUAGUCUCCUUCUUACCUCGUUACGAAACGAUGUUUUGCAACACACUGGAAACAACAAGGAUAAACUCACGACUCUUUAUCUGCGACGUCUAGAACAUCUUUUAGCAACUGUUCGAAAGAGUCAAGACUUUUGGACUAGACCCGAACUCGACAUUAUUCUUGAUUUAUUCGGAAAACUCGAUUCCGUAGAAAGAGCAGAGACCAUAUUCAGAAACAUGUCGACAUACUGUGUAGAGCCACCAACAGCAGAAACCUACAACCGACUUAUGGCUGGUUAUUUGAGAAAAUACAAGAAUUUGGACGAAUUAUCACGAAAGCGCUACUUCUCGAAAAUAAACUCGCUGCUACACACCAUGGAACGAUCUGGACCACCCCCAGACACAGCGAGCUAUAAUCUCGCCAUUGCUGCCAAAGUGAAGUCUAACCAUCUAGCAGAAGCAGAAAGCAUCUACGCUCGUAUGGUUAAUUCUGGAAGAACACCCGAUCGAAUGACUUAUAAUGUGUUUUUGAAUGGUUAUCUGAAGCACUGUCGCACAGAUAAAGAUUUGCAAAUUGCAGAUCAGUGGAUGGAGAGGAUGGUAGAGGCUAGAAUCGUACCUAAUUUGCGAACAUUUAACAGCGUAUUGGUGGGAAUCGCUGAACAGGUCAGCUAUCAUGCACGUAUUUUGUCAUAUGAGGAGAUGAAGUCGUCUGUAGAAUCAAUCAAGAGUCUUUACCACAUCAUGAUUCAAUUGGGACACAAACCAGAUACUACCACUGCAAACGCACUUAUCAAAUGCUACACUGCAGCAGAGGAUGAUGCUGAAAUGACAAAAAUGAUAACUAUUUUGGGAGUUCAACCAUCUACAGGGUGUGGAUGUGGUAAGACAUCGGGCGGAUGUGGGCAGGCCGCUCCCAAGAUCGUUCCAGACGAACCAGAACCAUUAAAAAUCUCCCCAGAUGAAUAUACAUUUAAUUCGCUUAUUCACUAUCGACUUAAGCGUAAUCAACUUGACGAAGCAUUCCGAAUGUACGACGUAAUGCUGACACGCGGAUUCUCUCCUAGCACGGUCACUUACGGCAGUUUUAUUAACUACUAUAUGGGAAAAGGAGAUAUUUCAGAAGCGAUAAAAUAUUACGAUGUAAUGAAGCGGAAAGGGAUAUCUAGUAACACCCACAUUUACAACAUAUUACUCAAAGGUUACUUUAAAAACCCCAACCACGCCGAAGCCCUCUUCCAAAGACUUCGAACCAUGCUAAUUGAUAACGUACAAGGCGAUAUCGUGACAUACAACACACAACUUGCCAAUCUCAAACUGGCUAAAGAUCCCUCGAAUCAUUCUGAAGUAGAUGUAUCUCGUUUAACAGAGAUAUUUGACCAAAUGAUUACUAAAGAACAUAAACCGAACGAACGAACAUACAACACUGCUCUGGGUAUACUUGGUAAGCUGCCUCAGCAUUCAGACAACAAAGCCAGACAGACUAUAUCAUCUCUACUUGAAUCAUUGGAUACAUCUGGUCUCCAGCCCGAUAUUAUCAGACACGCCAAUAUCAUCCGAGAUGCAGCAUCCAGAUGUGAUAUGCAAGAAGCUGAGAGUGCUUUUCGAAGGAUGCUGAAUUGUGGAAUUCGGCCGAAUAUAUAUAUCUUUGCUCAUCUAGUAUGGGGAUACUCAAAGAUCGGAGAACUUGAUAAAGCACAAAAUGUCCUCCAUUAUAUGAGUAAACCUCCUUUCAACGUACGUCCUACUGCUUUCAUAUUUGCCCCUCUGAUUGAAGGGUAUGUUGCAGCAACAGAAUACGAUAAAGCCCACAAUACAUUUCGAGAAAUGAUCGAUCAGGGUAUUCAAGCCGACUGCGUAACAUAUACGAUUCUAGCCAAUAUGUUAUUAAAGUCUUCUUCUUUUGAAAAAGAAACGAGUGCAAUCAGCUUACUGGGUGACCUGAGAAAGUCUUUGAAACCUGAUGUCAAUGGAAAAGUGCCUGAGCUGGACCAAGCCGCCUUGACAGUCUUAAUUGAAGCGCACGGAAUGUCUGGGGCAAGGCAUAUUGUUUCACUUAAUAACUACAAAGAAGAUAGCAGCAGUCAGAAGCAGGUAGCUUUGCAGUGCGAGGCGCAUGCCCAAGCUGCCCAAGAAGCAUACGAUUUAAUAAUCAAGUCUGGUGAAAAACCCGAUGCUUACGCCGUCAACGCACUCAUUACUGCAUUCGUAAGAUUGCAAAAAUUAGAAAGUGCAUGGGAUUUUUGGACCCAAUUAUCCAAAGAAAAAGAUUUUCUUGACAUCUCCACAUACCACUACAAUGCUCUCCUCACCGGAUUUGCUGAGGACAAGUCAUGGCACCCUGUAGCAAAGCAUUUAUUCGAAGAUAUGAUGAGCCAGCCCAUUUUUGAAGACUCUGUCAGAUCUCCAAGCCUCAACAAAAGCACAACUCAAAUUACUCCUGAUGUCGCCACCUUUGACUUGAUGAUCCUAAGUUCAGCUAUGGCGUAUGAUGAUGAGAGUAUUCGCCGAUUAUGGCGUCUCGAAUGUCGGCCAAAACCUAAUAGGACAAACCAAAUAACGACUGAAGAAGAUGACCCAAAUGGAAAUACCCCACUUCUUAUCCGAUCAUAUUAUUAUGCUCUUGUUGCCUUACUAAAUGACCGAGAUCUGGCUGGUGCUCGAGAAACAUAUAGAGAAUUCCGCUGUUUAACUUCGCUACCAGAUUCUGCAACCCUGUGGGUCAACAAUAUCAAUGAUAUGGCUUUGGCGAAUCGGCUAACUUAACCUUUACAGGCGAGUGAGAUGGAAAAGUUUUGCUUUUAACAAGACAAAAAGCUGGAGUCUAAAUUUUAAUUAUUAGAUGUGUACAUAAUACUUUUUUUAAAAAACUUUCAUACACUCAGAAGAGCAAUGUAUUGUAUUAGAUGAGAAAAUAGAAGCAUGGCACUUGCUGAUGACUUAUCCUUGUAGAGUCAAAAUGUCACAUCAGUAGAUAUCAAUUAUACAACAAGAAUGUUUAUUUGAAAUAAUGUUAUUACUAUUUUUUUUUAAAGAAAAUUCGUUUUAUUUGUUUAAUUCUUUCAUAUUAAUAAUAUAUACGUAUCUAUGGGUAUGUAUAU